CAUAAUUCUUAUACUAUAAUACUCUGUACCACUUGUGAGAGCAUUCUGGGACUUGUAGUCUGACAACCCUAGAUUGCAAAGGAAUGAAGGGAUUCUCUGCACUUGCUGGAGGCUCUUCUCUUUCCUGUGUGACAGAGCUGGGCCCCCAGUACCUGUCCUGUCAUCACAAUAUCACACAAGCAGGGAGGCUUAUUAGGUUACUGCUUGCUAUAGAUACUGCCUUCUCUUUAGCUGCCUGCAUGUAACUGAUACAAAAAGCCAGGGGCCUGUAGAGGUCUGUGUGCGACUGCAUUCUCUCUGCGCUCGGGUCAGGUAAGAAAUGCAACUAUAGGCUUAAAUUAUUGGUUUAAUAAUGGUCAUGUUAGUCUGCAAAUAUUCUCUGCUAAGGGUGUGUUUUAUAUUGUGCAUCUUUGUGUAAUGACAUUAUUUUACUUCACUGCAUUCACUAUGACCACAUGUUUUCAGCAUGUUUUAGGCCGGUAGAGGCUUAGUGGUUACAUUGUACACCGUCUUUCCCUAGGCAGAAGAACUUACAUUCUAAACACUUGAAAGCUCAUUUAUUGACAUUCUCAUUUCAGUGGUUUUGCAGGUUCUCUAAAACUAAAAAGGCAUGUAAUUUAUUAGAUCCGAAUUCAUAAGAUCCAUCUAAAAAACACACAAAAAAAAAAAAGCAGAAUGAACUGAAUAGGACAAUGAAAAUCUCUUCGCAAUUACUACAGAAAAAAAAAAUGCCAGAAUUAAGGAAAAAUGGUACUAUUGCAUAAGAACAAUUGACGAACUUUCGUAUUACAGUUUUUGUGGUUUUAUUGCUAACUAAAUUACAACUUUUUCCUGGUUUAGAGUAAUCAGUAGAAUCCACAAUUUUUAGCACUAAAAAUACUAUUUGCGGGAAAGUUAAAUAAUGAGCCCCUCAUUGUUUACAUUGUUUCUGUUAUUGUUUGUCCGUGCACAUGGGCACUUUGUGACGGACAAAGCCAUCUUAUCCGGAUUAACUCCAUCCUGAGCUCUUUAUUUUCUAAGGUGCAGCCAAUUAACGGCCAUAUUCAUUCCCUAUACCUGUGUCUUUAUAUGUCUGCUCCUCUGUGAUCUGUAAGACGUUAUUUGUGGAUGUUGAAGCAUGUAGUGUGGCAGCACCAGCAGUAUUAUGCGUGAGCAGGGAAUGGGCAGACGAUCACCUGAAUGUUCAUUCAGAGAAGAUAAUUCUGUUCUCUCAAUCGUCUCAUGAAGCAGAAGCACAGCUUCUUUGUAUGGAGGUUUCAGAGGAACCCAAGGGAUGCAACAGGACAUGUUAGUAAGUCUUCCAAGCUUUCAUAGAAUGGAUACUAAUUAAGGUUUAUAAACGAUCCACUGGAUUAAAACAAACAAAAAUAUGCCUGCAAGGGGUACUGUUUGUUUAUGUUGGUGCUGCCAUCUUCUUUUGGUCUUUCAAGCAUCCCCUGUUGGGUUUGAGUGAGCACAUGUGCUUGUUGAACUGUUUGCAAGAUUUCUGUUCCAUGCAUGUGACAAAAUAAAAUGGCAGCCCUCUGCAAACAGUACCCUGUUUUUUUUUUUUUUGAAGAAGAGGAGCUUCAGCAAGGGGUUACUGGUAAGCAAUUAGAAUAACUGGGAGGUGCCUGAAAACUUGGCACCUUCAAAGAUUUUCCUUUUUCUUUCAUGAAGUAUUGCCUCUACCUGUUUGGAAAGCAGCAGAACAAACUAGGACCUGGGCCAGGAAAUGCUCUGGUACACUGGCAGCCCAGUCCAACUCUUUUUGGUGAUGGAAGACUGCAUUAUAUCCUCAUGCCUUUUCUCUUUCCGUUUUAGUUACAUCAAUGCCAGUAACAAACGAGGGCUGGCCGGAAACAUUUGGCUUUGGUGUGGGUGGCUCAGGGCCUUGUUAUAUAUUAUGGGUAGAGGCCGGAAGCAGCGCUCACACAGCUGGUCUUCAGCCUGGGGACCAGAUCCUGGAGGUGGAAGGAAUGCCCGUUUCAUCGUUGAGCUGUGAUUCUUUGACACGACUAGGCCGGGAAUGCCACAAAGUGCCCCCAAGUAUUGGCGUUAUUUCACGUGUCCAGCAGGUGGAACUGGCAGGAGGAAACCAAGAGGAGCUUGGCCUUACAAUCACCAGUGGAAGACCUCUACAAGUCGGCAGUGUUACUUCUGGUUCUCUAGCAUUCAAUGCUGGAGUUCGAACUGGGGACUUCCUUCUGCAAGUUAAUGGGAUUCCCGUAACUGACUUAACAGAGGUGACCCAACUGCUGACCUCAUGUGACUGGGAUACACUGCAUUUGGGCCUGCUGUGUGUGGGUCAGAGGCAGAGGCACAGUAGGGCAUUUAGUGCUGGCGGAAAAGGAAUAGAAAACACUUGCCAAGUGCAUAAACUCAGAGCGCAGGAAUUUAACAGGAAGCUUGAUGAGAUCCUUGGAGAUCAGUCAGCCUUGAAGGAGAAGGUAUUCUCUCUACUGAGGCAGUAUGCACAGGACAGGAAGGUAGAUACCUUGGCAUAUUCUCUUUCCAUGAUCCUCACUCAGGAGCCCCACCAUCUUCUGAUUGACAACAUCAGGAUCUUUAUCCCAAAGAAGCACCGGCAGCGUUUUGAUCAUGUGGUGUCUCAGAGUCUCAUCAGUAAGAUCUGCCGCUCUCGGAGCGACCGCAGUAACCGCCUACGGAGGAGUCGGAGUGAGGAUCGCCAUGAGAGGCUGCUGGUCUCUACCCGAGCUGCCCCGAUACCACAAAGUCAGGACGAAGGAGGACGGGGGCUGAGGAAGAGUACAUCACUGAUUGCCAGCAGUGUAGGCACAGGGCAACCACAUAGGACGGUGCGGGUAUGUAAAGGCAGCAGCAGCUUUGGCUUCACGUUACGUGGAAAUGCUCCCGUAUGGAUUGAAUCCAUAAUCCCAGGUAGCCCUGCAGAUGCAGCUGGACUACAAGCUGGAGAUAGAAUUCUGUUCCUGAAUGGUCUGGACAUGAGAAACUGUUGCCAUGAGAAGGUGGUGUGUAUGCUGCAGGGCAGUGGCGCUAUGCCCACCCUGGUGGUGGAAGAGGGCAGCGUAACCUACUGUGCAGAAAUGGAUUCAGAAGUGCCAGUCCCAAAUUCUGCUCUCAGCUCCCUCCAGUGGGUGGCGGAAAUUCUCCCCUCCAAUAUCCGCAUCCAAGGUCGGACCUUCAGCCAGCAGUUGGAACAUUUGCUCACCCCCCCAGAGCGAUACACAGUGUGCAAAGCAUUAGAAAGCUUCUUUCAGCACAGGACCAUUGACACACUGAUAGUGGAUAUAUAUCCAGUCCUGGAUACUCCGGCUAAGCAUAUAAUCUGGCAAUUCAUCUUCCAGUUACUGACGUAUGAGGAGCAGGAACUCUGCCAGCAGAAGAUUUCACGCUUUUUGGGGUACAAGGCAGCUGCUGUGGAAGCUGAGAUGGCACCACCACCACGAGGGUCCGUCCAUGGACUAUCAUCCUAUGAGAGCAUUGUACGUUCCUCGGGCACGGAGGAUGGAAGAUCAAGUGAUUCCAGUUCGGGAGCACCGUGUGAACCUGUGGAAAUUGCACCUCGUGUGACCUCAGGAGAGAGACAAGCUGGAGACGGAACUUCAUUGCCAGAGACACCCAAUCCAAAAAUGAUGUCGGCUGUUUACGCUGAGUUAGAAAAUCGUUUUCUCAACAACUUUCAAGGGAAAGUGAGCAGCAUGAAGUCUCGUGGCUCUUGCAACCUCUCUCAGAGAGUAGGCAGGGGUCAGCGUAGGUUGGGACAGGGUCCCCUGUGGCAAAGCACUGGGCCACCAUCUGACCCAUGCCCACCACGGCCACCCAGUGCUCCAUCUCCCAGCAGCUCUGAGUCCAACCCUUACGUGAGCCUUGACGGAAGCUUGCCCUCAUCCCCAUCCCACAGAAAGAUCUUUACCUUCUCACGUCCCAACCGCUCAAGAGACACAGACCGAUUCCUGGAUGUGCUCAGCCGGCAGCUGGGGCAGAAUUUAACCUUUACUGAUCAGUUCCUGACCCCUGAAAAUGACUAUGAAGAGAUGAGUUUUCAGGAUGACCAGUACAGCUGUGCCACCAGAGAUAUCAGCACUGCCAGUGAGUCUGCAAGCAGCAGCGAGGAUGGAAGCUCUCUCACCUACUCCUCUGUGUCUGACCUUGUACCUCCUCCUCCACACAGCCCACCACCACCUCCACCUCCUCAUCCCCAGCCUCAAUCCUCCAGAGGAGACAACAAACCUCCUCCAGAGGAACCCAAGGUAGCCCCUAACUCAUAUGUACGUUGUAAAGAAAAUAGUGCAAACCCAUCACCCCCUGCCCCACCACCUUUACCCAGUCCUCUCAUUCCACCUGCGCCUCCUUUGGCCCCCCUGACACAUCGCAACAUGCAUAGGAGAAGUGACUCCAGUCAUAUGAGUGUGAAAAGACUGCGCUGGGAGCAGGUGGAAAACUCCGAAGGGACCAUCUGGGGACAGGCAAUUGUAAAAUCAAUGUCAAUGCCGUUCAUUGUCUUUACUUUACAGCUUGGAGAAGAUUCUGAUUAUGACAAACUAAGCGACAUGGUGAAGUACCUGGAUUUAGAGCUGCACUUUGGCACCCAGAAACCAUCACUCCUGCCUGUACUAUCAGAAUCCAUGAAAAAUAAAGGCGCAGUUGAAAUUCUGUCUCACAAGAAAGCUUACAACACAGCUAUCCUAAUUGCACACUUGAAGUUAACCCCCUUGGAGCUAUGUCAUAUCCUAAUGGUCAUGGAGAAUGAACGCUUGGAGCCGUCACAUAUAAAGCAGCUGCUGCUGUUCGCACCUGAUGAAGAAGAGAGGCAGCGAUUUGAGGCCUACACGGGCAGCCCCAGCAAGCUCAGUGAGCCCGAUCAGUUUGCCCUGCAGAUGAUGUCUGUCCCAGAGUACAAGAUUCGCCUUCGAAGCCUACUCUUUAAGAGCACCCUGCAGGAGAAGACCGAGGAGAUCAGAGCCAGCUGCGACUGCAUCUUAAAAGCCUCUUCAGAGCUCAAGAACAGCAAGAAACUUGCCAAGAUUCUGGAGUUUGUUUUAGCCAUGGGAAACUAUCUGAAUGAUGGACAGCCCAAAACCAACAGGACAACUGGAUUCAAGAUCAAUUUCCUCACAGAGUUAAACACCACAAAGACUGUUGAUGGAAAAUUCACCUUCCUGCACAUUCUCGCCAAAUCCCUCAGCCAACAUUUCCCAGAGCUGCUGAGCUUUGCCAAGGAUCUCCCCACUGUGCCUCUCGCUGCCAAAGUUAAUCAGAGGUCUGUAACGGCUGAUCUGAGCGACCUCCAUGUGACUAUUCAGGAGAUUAAAAGCUCCUGCAGCCGGAUGCCCAGCUCCCCAGACGACAUGUUCUCUCUUACUAUGAGUACCUUUCUGGAGAACUCCUUUCCUUGUAUGCAAACGUUGGACACACUGCAGCACAGGGCAUUAGAAGAAUUCUUCAAAGUGUGCUUGUACUUCGGAGAAGACCCUAAAAGCACCUCUACUGAAGCUUUCUUUGGAAUCUUUGCAGAGUUCUCCAGCAAGUUUGAGAAAGCCUUCAAUGACCUUCAGGCUGGGGAGUCUCAGCUGCUCUCUGGGAAUCCUUGCACCCCGAUGUGGUAACAACGCUUUCUCUCCUGCCUGAAAAAUAAUCCUUACACACUGCUGUCCAAGUCGUCCAACAGCUGCCCCAUACAAACUGCCCGACAGUGGCACUGGGUAAAGCCUUGCAGGAAGUAGGGGAGAAGAACCAAUUGGAAAUGGUGGUUUCCAGGUGAUAAUGAGACAUUCCAAACCCAGUAACUGGCUAAUGUUUCGUAUACCUCUCAGAUACUUACUGUCUGUGUUAGUUAAGUAAUAAGUCCUUGUGAAUCUCCAAGGAACUGGGUUGGAAAUGGAAAGCAAGACAAGACAGGAACAUCAUUAGCUAUUGUGUAGAUCAGUGUUGUACAAGAUCAACAUGGCCCAGUUAUUGCAGCAUGUUUGGGAGAGAAUAUCAUAAAGCAAUCAAUGGAAAUACUGGCCAUGCUGGGGGCCAUAUAAAUCUAUCGGAGGGCUAUAUCUGCCCAUAAGCCUCCAGUAGGACAAUCCUCGUGUAGAUGAAAGAAAAGGCUAUCAACAGUGGGAAUCGGUUUGUUCAUCUUAACAUAUUAUUGGGCAGACAAACGGCGCUGAACUCCAUCUAACUCUGCUCUAGUCCCACAACUCUGUUUGCACCGGCAUCAUACAGCUAAUUCUGCAGAUGUGGCAGUAGACUGUACAGUGGAGAUCGCUAUGCAGUCAUUGUUCAUGAGAUCAGGAGGGAAUAUAUUCAGAUGGGCUUUUACACUGGAAAGAAAUGUUUAUUGUUUUUAUUUAUUUCGCAGAUGUAAACCACUGCAAUAAAGAGACGAGUAUUUAAUAUUAUUAUUAUUUUU